CUUCCGUGUGUAGAAAACCUAAAGGAUUUUGUUGACAAGGCAACGAAGGGGAUUGAGGAGAGAUUUUUAAAUAUAUAUUUAAAAAAAAUAAUUAAUUAAGCGGACUUUUUUUUUAAUCGACGAUUAUUAUUAAAAACCACAGCCUAAAGGUUUAUAUGGAAAUUUCAACAAAGCGAUUUGAGAUAAAUCGAUGAUAAAUCUGGAAGCAGGAUCCAGGUAAAGCGGUUCAGGGCAUCAUGUCAGCUCAUAACGCGUUAUAACUCAGCUUUAUACGGAUCUAUAAGACUGCAUGGUGUGUGGAUAUACGGUCCAGCAUGACGGACAGCAUCAUGAGCAAAGCUGCCACGAUGGAAAUCCCCAUCAACAGCAACGGAGACACGAGGACGUCUGAAGACGAUAGUCUCGAACAGAUUCACUGGAGCUUAGAGAGGAAGCAGAUUCUGUGCAUGCUGAGGCAUUAAGAUUUCCCUUCACUGGAUUUAUGCUUCAGCAUGACAAUGCACCUGUGCACAAAGCACAAAGCUCUAUGAAGACAUGGUGAAGGUGUGAAGGUUGGAGUGGAAGAACUCAAGUGUCCUGCACUGAGCCCUGACUCUGACUCAACCUCACUGAACACCUUUGGGAUGAACUGGAACACCAAGUGAACCCCAGAACUCUUCAACAUCCCAACAUCAGUGACUGAUCUUAGGAAAAGAGGGUUAAUAUAGAGUGGGAUGUGCAACAAGCACAUAUGCCUGUGAGGAUCAGGUGUCCAAGUAUAUAUACAGUAUAUACUAGUAGUGACCUGCAGCAGGUGAUGGUGUCCGGGCCGAACCUGAACGAGACGAGUAUAGUGUCAGGAGGAUACGGAGGCUCAGCCGGGGGCAUCAUCCCCACCGGCUCCAUCAAAGGCCCAGCUAUACUUUUCAACGAGGAGUAUUUUGAAAGAAGAUGCGGAAACGUCCCCAAGCCAGACCUUCGCUCCAAAUCUAGGUUUCCACCCAGUCAUUCAGCUGCUCAUCACAUAUUAUACCAACCAGAUCAUUACACAGCUCCCAGCAUGCACCAGAGUCACAGUAAUCCAAGCAUGAUGUCAGAGGAGGCUACACGUGGGAUUGCAGUGGAGAAAUUUGACAGUGUGAAGAAAUGGAGCAUCAAUACUUACAAGUGCACGAAACAGAUGUUCUCGGAGCGGUUUGGUCGUGGCUCGCGGACCGUAGAUUUGGAGCUGGAGGCUCAGAUCGACGUGCUGCGUGAAACCAAGCAGAAAUACGAGCACAUCCUGAGACUGGCACAAGCGCUCACCACUCACUUCUACAAUGUAGUGCAGACGCAGCAGGCGCUGGGAGACACCUUUGCUGAUCUGAGCCAGAAAUCUCCAGAACUGCAGGACGAGUUCGGCUACAACGCAGAGACCCAAAAGCUGCUGUGUAAGAACGGAGAAACGCUACUGGGCGCAGUAAACUUCUUCGUGUCGAGCAUCAACACACUGGUCAAUAAAACCAUGGAGGACACGCUGAUGACCAUCAAGAUGUACGAGAACGCAAGGUUGGAGUAUGAUGCCUAUAGGACAGACCUGGAGGAGCUGAGUGCUGGCCCGCGGGACGCCGCUGCUGUAUUGCGUAUCGAGUUCGCCCAGCAGGAGUACCAGAUCCACAGAGACAAGUACGAGCGUCUACGGAACGACGUCACCAUCAAGCUCAAGUUCCUGGAGGAGAAUAAGGUCAAGGUGAUGCACAAGCAGCUCCUCCUUUUCCACAACGCUAUCUCGGCCUACUUCGCUGGCAACCAGCAGCAGCUCGAACAGACUCUCAGGCAAUUCAACGUGAAGCUGAAGCGGCCCGGCUCGGACAGACCGUCAUGGCUGGAGGAACAGUAAUAUCUUAUAAGACACGGUUAAUCUCAGCCUCGAGAGACUCAGACAGGCUGGAUUCUAAAGGAUGGAGUGAUGUUUUUUUUAUGAUGUAUAAGAAAAGAGAGAGUGAGAGACAGAGAGAGAGACAGAGAGACACAUCCCAUGAUUUUUGUCUUUGUAAUGAAUUUGUCAUGCAAAGUAAAGUGGAACAUAAUCACAUGUUUGCUUAUAUAUACUGUACUGUCAGGCAGAUUGAUGAGGGCAGUUGUUUUAAUUCUGUUUAUUGUAGACUGGACCAUAUUCAGAGUUGUGUCCUUAAAAAAUUAAAAAUAAUCCUGAUAAUGUUA